CGGUGUUUUAUAAAAACACAAAAUUUCCGCUUGACAAUAGUCAACCUCUUCACCGCAUAUCACCAAAUUUAUCUCGCGAUUCCAAUCUUUCCCCAAUUUCUCUCUUUAUAUCUAUAUCUAUAAUCUCUCCCGUCAAUCCUCCCUCCGGCGCUUAAAAUCCGACAACAAAUCAUCAAUUCACUCUCACACCACACGCGCAGAUCUAUUCAAUUCCCCCCAAUUAAAAUACCCUAAUCCAAUCACCUCAUUUUCACCAUUAAAUCGCCUCACUGACCGAUUAAUUACAUGUUAAUUACCGUUUUUACUGUUCGAUUACCGAUCCAGAAGUAUAAAGUUGGUUAAUCUAUCACUUAUAAUCAAUUUAAUCUAGUUUGAUUUAGAAAAUUAGGGUUUGUGAUUUGGGGGAAGAUCAGGAAAUUAAUGAUUAUUAUUGAAAAAAUUGAUUAUGAUGGAAAGAAGGUGAGAGAGGGUUACACCAGUGGCACAUGUGGCCGGUCCUAUCUGAGUCUUGUUCGUCUGUAGCUGCUGCUGCUCACUCGAAUUCCUCCUUUCAUUUCAUCGAUACUAACUCCUUUUCCAAAGAUGGUCGAAAGAUUAAUGUAGGUGACUGUGCUCUGUUCACGGCACUCCACAGUUCCCUUCCAUUUGUUGGAAUAAUUCGUAAAUUAAUAGUAGGAAAAGAAAAUAGUCCAAGUUUGAGUGUGACCUGGCUUUACCGGCCUGCAGACGUAAAACUAAGGGAAGGUGCUCCGCUUGAAGCAGCACCUAACGAGAUCUUCUACUCUUUUCACAAGGAUGAGAUACCUGCUGCAUCGAUACUCCAUCCGUGUAAAGUCACAUUCCUUCGUAAAGGUGUUGAAUUUCCUUCAGGGAUAUCCUCAUUUGUGUGCAGAAGAGUGUAUGAUAUUGAGGGCGAGUGUUUAUGGUGGUUAACUGAUAAAGACUAUAUUAAGUCUUAUUUGACACAGGAACGACAACAAGAAGUAAACCAACUGUUAGAUAAGGCACGGAUCGCAAUGUAUGGAUCAAUGCAGAAUGGGGGUCGUUCUCCAAAACCCUUGAAUGGUCCAAACGGGACAUCACAACUAAAACCUAGUUCAGAUAAUGUACAGAAUAGUUCCUCCUCUAUUUCAUCACAUGCAAAAUCUAAGAAGAGAGAGCAUGGUGCUCACAACUCAGACUCUGUUAAACGUGAACGCUUAUCUAAAGUAGAUGAUGCAGAUUCUGGUCAACGUAGACCAGAUCACAUAAUGAAGACCGAGAUUGCCAAAUUUACCGAUAAAGGAGGAUUGGUAGAUUUUGGAGGCGUUGAAAGACUAAUACAGCUCAUGCGACCGGACAGUUCUGAGAAGAAACUAGACCUUGCUUCUCGCACAGUUCUUGUUGAUCUAAUAUCGGUUACUGACAGGUUUGAUUGCUUAAAUCGGUUUGUUCAGCUUAGGGGCUUGUCCGUUUUAGAUGAAUGGUUACAAGAGAUUCACAAGGGGAAGAUCGGUGAUGGCAGUCCCAAGGUGAAUGAAAAAUCUGUUGAAGAGUUCCUUUUCUCUUUACUGCGUGCUCUUGACAGGUUGCCCGUGAAUCUUCAUGCUUUACAGACGUGUAAUGUUGGGAAGUCUGUCAAUCACCUACGUAGUCAUAAAAAUUCUGAAAUUCAGAAGAAAGCUAGAAGUCUAGUCAGCACAUGGAAGAGACGUGUGGAAGCUGAAAUGAACAUCAUUGAAACUAAGUCUAGUACAAGCCGAGGUGGUUCUUGGCCAAACAAGUCAAUGAUGUCUGAAGUUUCUCAUAUGGGUAGUAGACGUACUGGUUGUUCUUCUGAAGUGGAUCCCAAGAGUUCUACUUCGCAACCUUCUUCGCUGAAAUCUCAACAGCCAAAGCAUGCUUCCAAUGAAGCAGCCACCAAAUCACCAACAUCCCCUGCCUCCAUAAAAUUGUCAGAUAUGCCUUCAUCCGCAACUAAAGAUGGAAGAAGUUGUAGCUCCAGUCAGUCUCCAAAUAAUAGUCAGUCUUGUUCUAGUGAUCAUGGCAAAACUGGGGCAUCUAGUGUAAGUAAGAUCUCUAGUAGUGUUUCUCAUAGUAAGAACUCAAGCAAUGGUUUCCAUGGAUCUACAACCCCAGGAGUUAGAAAAGAUGCUGGAAAAAGUGGUUCUUUGAAUCGGAAUUAUGCAUCUGAAAAGGGAUCGCCAACUAGACAUACAUCUGAGAGAGCAUCUGAUGUGUCUCAUGUGGAUAAUGGAAAUAGCCCGAGACUCAUUGUCAGAUUACCAAACAGCAGCCGAAGUCCUGCAAGAACUGUCAGUGUGGAAUCUCCUGAAGAGGGUUCUCUUCUAGUGCCUUCUGAGAAGCAAGUUCAUUAUGAUGAGAAAGUAAGAGGAAAUAACGGUUCCCUACAUGGAAACAAUGAAUCAAACUUGGGUAGAGAUUUGUCUCAGGGAAAAGAUGGUUUGGUUGGCUGUGGUUCAUCCUCAGGGGUUACUCCAAAACCAGGGAAGCUAUAUGAGCCUUCAUAUAGCUCUAUAAAUGCAUUAGUAGAGAGUUGUGCCAAGUUUUCCGAAGCUAGUGUGUCUCCAUCAGUGGGUGAUGAUGUUGGAAUGAACCUUCUUGCCAGCGUGGCCGCUGGUGAAAUGUCGAGAUCCGAUGUGUCAGCGGGAUGUUCUCCUAGAAGCAACUCGCCCUUACCUGAGGACUCCUGUUCUGUGAACGUUGCUAAGUUAAGGCGAAUAGUUCAAGAUGAAGAUAACAUUUGCAUGGCAAAUGGUCUCUCUGUUGACUCGUCCACAAAAGAUAGAUCUUUACAGCAGGCGCCUGCUGGGGUUCACAUUUCUGGUGACAGUAAAGAUGCAUCAUUUGGUUGUGAGGUGAAGACAGGUGAGGAUAAUACACAGUUAGUUUCGCCUGUGGAGGACAAUGCUGCUGUUAUGGAACCUGAGAGAAAGGAUGCUGGUUUGAUAGAAGAUGCAAAGUGUUCCAAAGAGGGUGACGGAUGUCCUGACGUUAAGCAGACACAAGACAAUGUUGUGGCGCCGGAUACUGCUUCUAGAAGUGUUAAGAUUGAGACACAGGUUAAUGAAGAAUCGGCUUCUUGGUCAUCUUCAGAUAUGCACGAGGACAAAAAGAAAUUGGCGUACAAACGGUCAAGCAACAGCAACUUAGCAACCCCUUCUUGUGGCGAUGCUGAUUUAGUACCAAAGUUGGAAGAGCUAGAUGAUAAGGAGAGACAUAUUAUGGAUUCUGGCACAUCUAUUUCUCAACCUAGUAGUGAAAAUGCACUUGAAAAUAACGAAAAAGACGAAGCCCAGGAUCCCCCUACUAUUUUAAUGCAAGAAGUCAGAUCGUGUGGAAUACCUAAUAAUGUAGCAGAGGCCAAUUGUGCCGAGGAUCCUUGCACUUCUGCGGUAGAAAUGGUUGUAAAGUUGGACUUUGAUCUGAAUGAGGUUCUUCCAAACGAUGAUGGGAUUCAAGGGGAUGCUGAAAGGUCUUCUGUUCACCCUUCUAGCCCAAUACCUUCUAGUUCACUUGUUAAUGGGAGUCGGUCUGCUUUGAUUACAGUGGCCGCUGCUGCCAAAGGGCCAUUUUACCCUUCAGAAAACCUCUUAAAAGGUAAAGCCGAGCUUGGUUGGAAGGGUUCUGCUGCUACAAGUGCUUUCCGUCCUGCAGAACCUCGAAAGGUAGAUGUUCCAGCCCCUGAUAAUCGUAAGGCUCGUCCUCUUUUUGACUUUGACCUGAAUGUUGGAGUUGUUGAUGAUGCUGGUCAAAGUAGUGCACCAUCUACAUGUCUGGAGUCUUCGAACCGUUCUCUUAGUGGAGGUGGACUGGAUCUUGACCUAAAUGCAUGUGAGGAGAGUCCAGAGGUUGUACGUCUGUCUGUCAGCAGUGGUUGUAGACAACAAUUGCCUUCAAGGUCGUUUCUAUCCGGUGGAUUUACUAUUUCAGAACCAAGUUCUUCACGGGGCUUUGACCUGAAUAACGGGCCCGUUGUGGAAGAAGCGGGCGGUGAAUCAGUUUUGUUUUCCAAAAACGGAAUGCAGUUUAUGUCUGCGGUUCCUAAUGUUAGAAUGAAUAAUAUGGAUAUCGGGAACUAUCCAACUUGGUUUUCACCAAACAAUACCUAUCCAGCAAUUACAAUACCAUCUGUUGCUCCUGGUAGAGGUGAGCAGAGUUAUCCGUCUCAAAGAAUGCUGAAUCCUGUGACUGCAGGUACCUCAGUUAAUCCUGAGAUUUUUAGAGGCCCUGUCUUGUCAUCUUCACCUGCAGUUACGUUUCCGUCUACCGUGCCGUUUCAAUAUUCGGCGUUCCCAUUUGAGACCAGUUUCUCGCUGCCUUCGGUUUCAAAUGCUUAUGUCGAUUCUUCGUCAUCUGGAGGGCCUCUUGUUUUCCCAAGUAUACCUUCACAGGCCUUGGUGGGACCUAAUGGCAUGGUUUCAAUGCCUUAUAGGCCGUAUUUUAUGAGUCUACCUGGUGGUUCGAGUAAUGUUGUACCCGAUGGUAGAAAGUGGGGAAGCCAAGGUCUAGAUUUAAAUGCAGGUCCCGGAGGUGGCGUUACGGAUGAUAAGUUGCCUUCAGCCUUGCGACAGAUGCCUUCACAAGCUGUAGCAGAUGAGCAGAUAAAGAUGUUUCAGCAAAUGACAGCAGGAAGUGGGGUACCAAAGAGGAAAGAGCCCGAUGGCGGGUGGGAUGGAGAUAGGAUUAGCUACAAACAUCCGUCAUGGCAGUAAGAAAGGCGCUAAUGCAAUGCCCGGUGAGUUAUAUUUCUGCUGAACUAUUCAUUGCUGAAACCCGGAUAUAUAGAGGGGGCUAGAUGGACGCUUAAAAGUGGAGCUGGGUUAUGUUUUAUCUCAUUAUUUGUAACAGCUCAAACUAGAAAAGUAAAAAUAAAAGUUCAGCUUAAAAGUAAAAUGGGUUGAAUAAGUGAAUAGUCAUAGAAAGAGUAUACUUGAUGCAUAAAGUUGCUUAAAUGUUGUUUUCGGAAGUUAGAUUGUUAUUAAAAUUAUACGGAGCAUGAUUAUGUAAUCAUAGUUUACACUCUUAUCUAUUGUUUAUGAAUUAAAAAUAGGUCAAACAGCCUGACCUGUACA